CAUCACACGAUCGCUUGCCACAAAGCUCGCCGCCCACUUCGGGGGAUAUUCUCAGUCACUGGCAAGGCCGCCUAAGUGAUCUCGGAGACCAUCCGGUUGUCCAAGCGUCCAAAAGCAAACCCUUAAAAGCAGCGGAGUGUGACCUUGUGGAGAGCACCGGGUCCCGAGGUCUAGGAGAAUGGAGUACCUUCUUUGAUAUCUCUUGAGGAAGUCAAAAGGCGAGGCAAGCUCAAGGAUAGACUGGCAAACGAACGGGGAGAAAUACCAACACCACCCUCUCUGCAAAAACAAAAUACCGGGCGAAAGAGGGCAACUGUGAAGCGACCUAUGGAACCUACACUGCCUGCGAGGGCCACAAGGCCUGUGUCUCGGGGGGCGAAAAAUGAGGGAGUUACAAGAGAUGUAAAACCUGUUGUGCAGCGAAAGAAGCCGGAGCCACUCCCCAUUAGUGAUGAUAUAUGGGAAUUACCGUUGAGUAGCCCAGUUUCUCAAGAGCCAAAAGUGGGAGGCAGGGUCCAGGAGCACAGUGCAGUUAAAGGGCGAUUGAUGGAGAAAGGGAAGGUUGUCCCUGGGAAUCGGGGGAGAGGGAAAGGUCGUUCGUAUAAGUCGGAAGCUCGGGUGGUUGAUUCUAGUGGAGAAGAAAUUACACCUCAUUCGGGAAGCGGGCCCGUUGGGCCGGUGGCACCACGCGCUCUGGGUGGAACGGAAAUUAGGAAGUCUGCGCCUACCCCGCAGCCAAAGGCCCUCACAAAAACCGUUCACCCAACCCAAACCUCCGAAGCACAACCCAACCUACGAAGAUCUCUGAGAGAGAAGAAGCCACCCAAGGUUGUGCUCAUCCCAUCCUCCGGUGGGGAAAGCGAAGGCGAGGAAUUAGUGCAGUACACUCCAAGGAAAGCUACGACGAGGUUACUUUCACCUGGGAAAAAACAAAAGCCUGCUACGGCAAAUAAGCGUGCACUUCCCGAGACAUAUAGGACCAACCCUCCAAUAAAAAAGAGAAAAGAUGCGCCUAUUCCAGAGAGUAUCGAUGCUCGUAGAGGGGCGAGGGUUGUGCAAGUGGGGAAAAAACAAGAGGACGCUAGGGAGCCAAGGGUGGUGGGAGAGAAACAAAGCGCAGUGGCUCAAGAGAAUGCGCUAGGUCAUAAAACUACAGCUAUGAGCUCAAAACGUAAGGCCCAUAAACCCACAAUCACUCCAAAAGAGCUCAGCGAAGGUUCUCAUAAACGCCAACGAACCUCGUCCCCCAAAACGGUCGGCUAUGGAAAGAAGGGAGGAGCUCUUGCGCCCACGCUCAAUGCAAAUGAUAACUCCGGAGCUAUAACAUCCUUUCCUCAAAUGGAUGUGUCCCCUGAAGUUCGAGAUUCGGGCCGUGGGGGGCCUGACUUGGAUGAGUGGGCGGUAUAUAAUGGCGAUACUUUGCCACCACUCAACAAGAAGGAAUAUAUAAAUCAUAAGGGAAAUAGAGAAGAAAGAACUUCAAAUAUUUCGGGUCCAGCAACGCCUCCGGAGCCUAACGCUCACUGCCCACAGACAGCACAAAAAAUAUUUGGAGGCCUGGAUGAUGCAAGUAAGGGGGCAUUUACGCUUGGCCGAGAGUCUCAAAAGUGUCGACUUAGUUCACUAGAAAAAUUUCCGAAAGAAUUGCCACCCCAAGAGGCGAUAAAUCUCGCAAAAGGACUCUCGAGAGCGGAUACUCAUGGUACAUAUGGUCCUUCGGGAUCUUCAACAGCCCCCCAUGACCCACAAGAAAGUCUUCGUGGGAACGCCCCAGCUGCAUUAGCCAAUAUAUCAAAAAUAUUAACACCUCACCCUACGUCAUAUCUUGUAGACGCAAGCACCAGCACCGCUGAUCUGAAUGAAGAUCGUGCCAUGGGCACUUCUCACCCUUGGACCUCAAGUCCGCCACCGCGGAUAUAUGGAGAAAAUGUUUCAACGAUACCGAAGCAGAUGCCCGGCGUUACCAGCCUAAUGGCGCAGCUCAAAGAUAAGGUCACUUGUGAUCGGGCAGUGAGUGCGAGUGCAGUAUCUGAGACCGCAACUAACGGUCUUUAUCUUCUAAGCCCAAUCGAAUUCUCCAAAGAAAAUUCACCCACGGGGCCCAAAGUCCAUAACGCGACCCACGACGAAGAACUAUCAAUACCCGAUGGUCUAUCCAAACUCCCCACAACCCAGAAGCUUCAAAGUCUGGUUAUACUGCCUGAGGAAGAUGAAGAUGUUGUUGUUUGGGAUGCGAAAGAGAAAAGGGGAGGGUUCACAGCACUUAAAAGAACGGAAACUAGACAUACUGAGGUUGAUGAAAAUGGAAGCCCUUCUAGACAGCGGGUCCCAAAGCCACCAGCGGGGCCAAAAAGAGUCUCAUGUGAGAUAUUAGACGAGCCAAAGGAUCCUGCUCCUGAAGCCCCUCAAGAGCCGGAGACUGAGGAAAACGUGUUCGUCAAAAGCACAACCAGCAUCCUGCGUGAGAGAACCUCAUUGGGCGGACAGCUGUUUGUAGAGAAAACACCCCAUCUGGUCAGGACUCGCGCAAAGGGCGGUAAGCAUAGGAACCCAGGAAUUAGCACUAGUUAUGAGGGGGGCAGGGGGUAUUUUAAACAAAAGGAUAGUGCGACUAGGCAUAUCGAUGGGCCCAAGAACAAAUCUACAGAACUACCAAAACCGUUUGAAAAGUUUCAUGAAAAGGAGAGGGAUGUGAUUUCAAUAUCAUCGACAUCGCCUGCCCCGGCUUUGCCCAUUGCUCUUCCGCCAAAGAAAUCACACAGGGUAUGCCAAGAGCCAGAACUUCGGGAGGACUCAGACGACGCAGAAUCUAUAGAACCCGCGGUGGCUAGGGUCUUGAAAAUACUUGCCGAGACGAGCACCAGCAUACCCAAAUCCUCACCUCCUGUUCUCCAUCAUUCAAAGCCGAAAGUUCAACUUAUCAGGAACGGUAAGCGGAAGCUUGGGGAUAAUAAUAACUUGGUCCAGGGUGCAAGAGUUGAGACCAUUAGCACCGGAGAUAGACCGUUCGAGGACACGGUUUUAGCUAGAAAGGGGCAUCCAGAGACACAUUUUUCCAAGAUGCUACGAAAACAACGAUUCGUAAGAAUUCAGAACCCGCCUUACCGCGGGAAUCCUCCCAACCGGCGAUUGGCAGAGGAGCAGUUCCGCAGAGCUUCUAGGGUGGUUCCCAUCAAUGGAGAACAUGUUCGGAGACAGGAGCGGAUUGAGGAUUCUGUUCAAGGUGGGCUGGAUGGGGAUACUGAGGUUGAGGAUUCUAUGAACGCCUACACAGAUGAUAAUGGUUCCGAUAUAAACACCGAUACGUGUUCGGACUCUGAAUGUAGCGGGUCCGGUGAUAGUGACGAUGAGGAUGAGAAUGGUGAGGAAGGGGAAGAGGAUGCUCACAUUAUUUGGCGGAAAUCAUUACCCGGGCAUCUCAAAGAGACGCUCUCAGCGCUAGAGCAAAUCACCCGAGGACUUGUCAAGUAUUUGGUGUGUAGCGAGGAGCUUGCGAUAGAGAUGAUAGAGAAUUUCGAAGCUCAGGGUACCAGGUUAAUCAAAGCGCUGGACAAUUCACACACACAGGAAUACAACGAGUUCCUUGAAAAUUUAGAGGAGGCAAAAAAGGCGGUCGCGGCAAAAGCAGAAGAGUUGGAUCAAUUGAUUACGAAUGGCUUGGAUAUCGUUGAGAGGAAAGAGGAGGACUGGAAAAAUAAUCAGAUGGCUAAGAAGAAGCAACAUCAGGAGCUGGACAAUGCGAUUGAGGAAAUGUUGAUGGAUACCGAUAAUUAGAUCUGGAGGUUGGAGAAGGAAAGGUUUCAGUGGGCAAAUAUGAUGAGAGAAUUGUGGCAUGUGUAAUAAUAAUACAUUAUGAUACCUG